AUGGUGAACUCAUUAAAAGAAUUGGUUAUAAAAGAGAUUGCUGAAAACAUUCAAGAAUACAAAGGAAAUAUUUUGUUGGAUUCAAGAAGUAGUGAUCAAAUAUUUUCUCAACUUCUCAAGACUCCUGACGAUCAAUGGUCUACACGGAUUUUGACUGAAACAACGAUCAAGUUUCAUUUGAAACAUGUGAACCUGGAGGGUUCAUGGGUGUGUGUGGAAACUGUCAAUGAACUACAAAAACAGUUCUUAGAGUCUUUCGUUAUUGGAAGUAUACAACAUAGACUUCGAGACGAAAUUGAAAAAGAAAGCGGAAACGGAAAAAUCGACAUACUUUUUCUAUUGAAGAAAUUAUUUAAUAAAACUACAAAAAAAAUACUUCGACAUCUGGAUAUUGGUAACAAAAGAUAUUUUUUCGACAACAGGAUUUUUUUAUCCGACAACUUAACAAGGAUUAGCCAAAUGCUUCCAUCGCUUCAAAGUCUUGGUGUCAGUAAUAUUGAAUUUCAUGAUGACGAUUUUUCUCAGCUCUGCAACAAUUUUCCAAAUCUUACCUACUUGGACAUCAGUGAAACCAAUAUCAAAAGUCUCGAUGGCAUUUCAAAACUACAAAAACUAUAUAUUCUCAACUUGAGAUACUUGAAAUUUAGUGCUCACACAGAUAUUAUUGAAUUGUUUGAACUCAAGAAAUUGCAGAUUUUGGACGUCUCAUCAAGACAAAUCAGUAUCGCCACACCGACCAAAAUAAUUUUGCAUUCCAAAUAUUGCUCCAAGGUUUUACCAGAAUUGACAUUUUUGGAUUGCACUGAAACAGAUUUAAAUGAAAAGUCUCUAGACUAUUUGCUGCAAACUCAUGAAAACCUCCAACGCGUCGUUGUACUAGACUGUCCUCUUCCAGUUUCUAAGCAAAACGAUGCACGAUGUCUUAGUUGUACAUCUCUUGAUUCUGCUCUAGAUUGCCUCUCAUAUUAUUUAGAUUUGCAUAGAGGAUAUCACAUGAAAAAAAGUCUGAAACGUAUAGAAACCUUUUUAAGUGUGAGCAACAGAUCUUACGAUUUGAUAAAGUGCUUGAAACUUGUUUCACAAGUUACAAUGAUUUCAAAAGUGAAUAAUGUACAGAAAUUCGAAGAUGCCUGGUAUUCAUCGGUGUACUUCCGUGCAGUCAAAUGUUUGCGGAGUAUUGUAUUGAAUAGAAUGGAUGAAAUCCACCCCGUCGACCAGUCCAUGCUAGCAGAAAUCUUUUUUGAUCACGUUGAACGAUUUCCGCAUAACGUAGACAACUGGCCGGGAUUAAUGAAAAGACACAGUGAAGAAAUGUGGCAAUUGAUUGAAAGACUCAUUGAUUCGAAGUUUUGUAAAUUAAACUAUGAGAAGAUUGUCAGAAAAGCUGUACGGCUUUUGAUUCGACAUAAACACGAAAAAUGGACCUUGUUCCAUGCUUUCAGUGUGGUAGAAAAAUGCCUAAACCAAGGGUUCAUCGAUUCUAAUGACAUCAUAGACUUGAUUAAAAGACACCAAUAUCUAUUUUGCGAGGUAGUGAGACAAGGAAUGGAAAACCAACGAAACACUUUUGUUCCGGUUUGA